GUUGGAAUGCAAAAGUGGUCUUGUUUAUAAUACAGUCGAAUUUCCACGAUUUUGUUCAAUAUGUCAAUGGAAAUCACUAUUAUUCAGAGAGCUUUGACAGCUUCUGUCAAAUUGCAUUUCGAUAAGGUAUUUUCCCAUGGGUCCAUAACAUUAAUGUUGCUGAAAUCGGCCCUACAUCUAUCAUAAAUCACGUAGCCCAGUAGUUCGGGGCCCACAGCUGAGAGACCUCAUUGCAGACCAAGGUCCGUGUGUAUCCAGGAAUUUGUACAGAUUUUGAUUUGAUUUUUUGGCCUCUGGAAGCCCCCAUCAAGCCAGGUCACGAGCAGCUAUGCACAUAGGGUAACAACGAAAGUAUGAUGACAAUGACCCUCAGAACACUUUCAGCAAGUCAAGGAACCUCGACAGUUCUGCUGAUAAUGACCAAACUUCACUGCGUGACAAUCAAGUUAUCACCAACACUACAUAUGUUCCAGCCAACAUAUGCAAAUCCCUUAUCAACUAGGCGUUUUCUCAGCGACGGAUAUCGAAUGCGAUCUGAGACAUCUUUGAAACAACGUCACGUUUGUAAUAUGAGCAAGCCUGAGACGUAACAGACUGUAG